CACCACGCUUCACCACCUAACCCCCCCACCCCCCCGCCGUCGUAUCUUCACGACACCUUCGCCGUGUCGCGCCCCCCUCUACGCUCGUCUCCCCGUACGAAGCUUGUCCCAGCCCGACGCACCCGGCGUCUUCGUUCAUCAUGGGCCGACCACGAAAGGACGUCAAGUUCCAACACGCAGCGCGCAGCGCCAGCAAUGGUAGAGCGCGAAGGCCCUCGCAAAGCAUGUCUGAGUAUAGUGAAGAUCCUAGCAGUCCCACCACAAAUGGCGCCCUCGCGCCUCCGAUACCAGAAGCCCCCCGGCAGACCGAGUACGAGAAGAAAAAGGCAAACUUCAUCACGCGAACAGUGUGGACGCUGGUCAUGAUAGGCGGCUUUUUCUGGGCCCUCGGCGCCGGCCACCUCUUCAUCAUCAUCAUCAUCACGGCAGUCCAGGUCAUAUCCUUCAAGGAGGUCAUCGCAAUAGCAAACGUGCCGAGCAAGGCACGCAGCUUGCGCUUCACAAAGUCGCUGAACUGGUACUUCCUGGGCACCGCAAUGUACUUCUUGUACGGCGAGAGCGUCAUCUACUACUUCAAGCAUAUCCUCAUGGUGGACCGCUUGCUGCUUCCGCUGGCCACCCAUCACAGAUUCAUAUCCUUUAUGCUAUACAUUAUUGGCUUUGUCUUCUUCGUCUUCUCCCUGCAAAAGGGACACUACAGGUUCCAAUUCACCCAGUUCGCCUGGACCCACAUGGCUCUUUUCUUGAUUGUUGGACAGGCUCAUUUCGUCAUCAACAACAUCUUCGAGGGCUUCAUCUGGUUCAUCCUCCCCGUGUCCAUGGUCAUUACCAACGACAUUUUCGCCUACCUCUGCGGCAUCACCUUCGGACGAACCCCGUUGAUCCAAAUCUCGCCAAAGAAGACAUGGGAGGGCUUCCUGGGCGCCUGGUUCUUCACCGUCCUGUGGGGCAUCGGCCUCACUCACUUCUUGGCUCAGUACAAGUACUUCAUCUGCCCCGUCAAUGACCUUGGCGCAAAUAUCUGGUCCGGCCUGGAGUGCAAGCCCAACCCCGUCUUCAUGGCGCGCAACUAUGCGCUGCCCUUCGUUCCUACCGGUGUCCCUGUCCCACGGACGUUCAACAUCAUGCCAGUACAAUUCCAUGUCAUCAUCCUAGGAACGUUUGCAUCUCUCAUCGCACCCUUUGGCGGUUUCUUUGCCUCUGGUCUCAAGCGAACAUUCAAGAUCAAGGACUUUGGUGACUCGAUUCCCGGACACGGGGGAAUGACGGAUCGCAUGGACUGCCAGUUCAUCAUGGGCUCCAUUGCUUUUUUCUACUAUUCGAGCUUCAUUGCUGUUCAUCACACGACUGUCGGUGGAGUCAUUGAGUCGGCCAUCACUGGACUUACGCAUGAGGAGCAGAUGGAGGUCGUGAAGAUAAUGAGCAAGCACUUGGUCAAUCAGGGCGUCAUCUCGCCAAAGAUUCUUGAACUUCUUUCGGCACAACUAAAGAGGAGAUAGGACGGAAUUUUCCAACUCCCUCCUGCUAAAUAGUUUCUUAGCGUAUUCAAAACUUGCAUACGGUGAGCGGGUCUUCGUGUGGCUUAGGGGUUAUUUAUCUGCUUGAAAUGCUCCCGGGAGGGAUUCGCGCAACCCAACUAAUUGACCUUGGCAUCUGGACGUGUAUAUACCCUUUGCGUAUUCUACCUUGGAAGCACUCGCACGACUACUGGUAAUGUGCAUGUCAAAAGCAGUAAAACCUGCACAUGGUAGCAACGAAACAUACAAACUUGCCCACAUUCUC